CCUCUUAUCUGAACAAGUUCUUGCCUGCUGAGUUGUCUCGUCUUCGAGUUACAUGCCCCGCCAUUCAACCGUUAUCAUUAUGACUCCUCGACUUAUCUUUGUCCGUUCUACAUCAGACUAUAGUAGAACAUUUGUCGCUCUCAGCAACAGCAUGUUCCUCCUUUCGAGGUAUCGUUGCAUGCGUACUACAAGCAACAUCACAGUCGUUCCAAGAGUAACACAUGCUAAGCCUUGCGAGUCGCAUCCCCCAUCCCUAAGGUAUCUAAAAAGUAGGACACGCAUAUCUGCAGUCAAGGCACCCAAGUGUGUUAAAUACAUUCAAAGACUAGUAGUCAAGUGCCCUAUCAAGAGUAGUCAUUGUUCUCGCGUCUACUAUCCUACUUUUCCAAUGCCGUAG